GAUUCAUUUGCUGAGUUUCGUAACGACGUCUUGUUUGUGCGUUUCACGGUUUCACACGAUGAGGAAGUUUGUCACAAUCUUCUCCCUUUUCAAAUCUAGGAAGAGUUUCUCCGUUUCGCUUCAUCGAAAUUCUCCACGCUGUUCCAAUCAACUCCACCCUAAUUUCAGGAACCUCACGAAGAAUUGCCAUUUAUUACUCUCACCACUCUCUUCGCAUCGAUUUUUCUCCACUACCAUGGGGAAUCCUCUUCAGGACCAGGACAUUGAUUUUCCUGGAGGAAGAGUAGAAUUCAUCCCUGAAAUGAAGUUUAUAUCAGAAUCAGUUGAAGAGAGAAUACCCUGCUACCGUGUCCUUGAUGAUAAUGGGAAGCCGCUCGUGGGUCAAAAUUUUGUGCAGGUCAGCAAGGAAGUUGCUGUGAAGAUGUACACUGACAUGGUUACUCUCCGAUCUAUGGAUACUAUCUUCUAUGAAGCACAAAGACAAGGUAGAAUAUCGUUCUAUGUGACGGCAAUCGGAGAGGAGGCUAUUAAUAUUGCUUCAGCUGCAGCUCUUGCCAUGGACGAUGUUGUUUUCCCUCAGUAUAGGGAAGCGGGAGUGUUGUUAUGGCGUGGUUUUACUCUGCAAGAAUUUGCAAACCAGUUAUUUUCCAAUAAAUAUGAUAAUGGGAAAGGAAGGCAGAUGCCUGCACAUUAUGGGUCCAACAAGCACAAUUACUUUACAAUAGCAUCAACUAUUGCUACACAAAUUUCUCAUGCAGUUGGAGCUGCUUAUUCCUUAAAGAUGGAUAAAAAGGAUGCAUGUGCUGUAACUUACUUUGGUGAUGGUGGAUCUAGUGAGGGAGAUUUCCAUGCUGCUUUAAAUUUUGCAGCGGUGACGGAGGCCCCGGUUAUUUUUAUAUGCCGGAACAAUGGAUGGGCUAUUAGUACCCCCAUUUCAGAUCAGUUUCGAAGUGAUGGUGUAGUCGUGAAAGGACAAUCAUACGGAGUCCGUAGCAUCCGAGUAGAUGGCAAUGAUGCCCUGGCCAUCUAUAGUGCUGUUCAAGCUGCUCGUAAAAUGUCAAUUACUGAAGAAAGACCGAUCCUAAUAGAAGCUCUCACGUACAGAGUGGGACACCAUAGCACUUCAGAUGACUCCACCAAGUAUCGUCCAGCAAGUGAGAUUGAAUGGUGGAGAGUGGCACGGGAUCCUGUGGCUAGACUUAGAAACUGGCUUCAAAAUAAUGGUUGGUGGAAUGAUCGGGCAGAGUCAGAGCUUAUAAACAAUUUGAGACACCAGCUUCUGCAUACAAUUCAAGUUGCCGAGAGUGUAGAGAAGCCUCCACUUGCAGAAGCUUUUCGUGAUGUUUAUGAUGUUCCUCCAUCCAAUCUCCGUGAGCAGGAGCAGUGGCUGAAGGAGAUUGUAAAAGAACAACCACAAGAGUAUCCACCAAAUGUUUCUGUGUAGGCUUCAAUAUGCUAAAACAAAUUACACUGCUUCUAAUAAAUUACAUCUCCUCAUUUUCCACUAGACUA